CAAGGAAGAAAUCGGUCUAUUUUUUUCUGGUGUGUUUUCCUCAUUAUAAAAAUAUUCUUAAUAAUGGGGCAAAACGGCAGCAGUUCUGAGAAAGGACUGGUGUCAGAAGUCGUCGAUGUACAGGAAGAAAUAGUUCGACAUGCAAGAUCUUUCACCGAAAUUGCAACUCUCAGCUAUGAUGACUUGAAGGCUCAUCUUGAUCAAUUGAACACAUUGUCUCAGCAAUGUAUGGAUUCAGACGGUAUGCAGCUUAUAUUCGCCAUACAGAAAGGUACCGACUCUUCUGCCCUUUUUUGGAAGUCUAGAGUACGAAUUGUAUGCAUCAAAAUCGAUCUGGAGACCAAGGAAAUCGAUAGCUACCGUGUCAUGAGUUUGAACGAGUUUCUCAAGGUGUUCAAAUCACUCAACAACCAAUGUAUGGCGGCCCAGUGCAUAUCUAGUUGUGAGGAGGCAACGGAGGAGGCAGAAGAUGAUCGACCUUCAACGUCGGCUGGCCAGGGAGUCACAAAUGACCCCGCCCGGGUCACAAAUGACCCGCUGACCGCGUCACGACUCAUGCGAGAGGUGGACCGGGUCAAGAAUGACUGUGACCCUUUGCAGCUUGAGUGUUGCAUCUGUUUCGAAAGAAAGCCGAAUACGAUGUUGCCGUGUACGCAUGCCUAUUGCAAGCAGUGUAUCGAGCAAUGGAAUAUGAACCACAAAACUUAUACUAUCUGCCGGGAGGAGGUGAAGAGUAACGACGAUUCUUGGGUGAUAUCCGAAGCACCCAACUCACUGGAAAUCAGCGAGGAAAUCGCCUCUACCCUCAUGGACAUAGUGGGCAGCAAGGGGCAAUGA